AUGUCUACUGGUGCGGAAUUACUAGCUACCGCGGAACCACACCUCAUACCAGGCUACGCUGGAUAUUGUCCACAAUAUCGAUACAGAUGCGGCGAAACGUAUGGAAGUGUCACGCACAAAGUGCUCCUUGAUCCCACAGUAAAUCACGCAGAGACAUUGAUUUUAUCGAAUCGAGCCAGCGACGAUUACGAAGUUCAAAGGCCGCCAAAAAAUGAGAUAGACAUAGUAAACUCUCGAUACAAGAGGACUGAUCCUAUAUUUGUUCAUCCCCUCUUGCCAAACUAUGAAGGUUUUACGCCGAGAUUAAACGCGUCGAAUGGGCAGAGAUACACGGUACUUGCUACGGAAGGAUUGGCUGAAUUCGAGCGACAGCAACUAAAAAAUAAAGCUGCUCUUAAUGACCUAAAACGGACGGUAACUUUGCAAGGUGGACAGAUUGAACCACGAAAUUUAGAAGAUCGUCUGCUUAUCAAAAGUCAAUUCAAAUUACCCAUGCUCUCCGUACGUCCCGAUUGCGUGGGCGUGACGAGGAACUUAUUUUUGGACGAACAAUACGAAUCACCUAGAGAUCACUCACCAUCGCCGUACUUUAUGGACAAUUCGAAUCCAGGAAAAUAUUUCAUCAGCCAAUAUGCGGGUCAUAUACCAUACGGAUAUGCACACUUUGGUGCAUCGAAUGUUCCCGCUACUAAUAGCGCACUAACUGAAUUCACAUCUAAUUACCGAAAACGCCAAAGCACGGAAUGGGCACCGGUAACAAUUUCACGACCUGAUCCGCCACUUAUAAUACAACCUACCACGAUCUACCACAAGCAUGUCGGAAUGAUGCCAAAUUAUCUUGGUCAUGUCCCUGGAGAAACAUUCAGAUUUGGUAAAACAUUCGGAGCUGAUACCAAAGAUGGAAAAAAGUGGCUUCGUGGAGAUUUCUCUGCGUAGAAUGUGUAAUAUUACCUAGAAAGUCCCAACACUUAUAUCAAUUGUAUAGCAGAAAUUGCAACAUGAUUGUACUGGCAAUAAACA